UUUUGCAAAUGAGUGGAGGGCACCCGGCAAUGGCAUCCUUCAGAAAAUUCACUUCUAUCAAUCAUCUUCAUCUCCCUAAUUCAACAUUCUUUCACCCAAACAAAACAGAAAAACUUUAAACAACUCCACAAGAUCCUAAUGAUUCUACAAGCUUCAUCCUUCAAUAUCGCCGUUCCACUCUCCGGUUCCUCCCUCGGAUGUUCCCGUCACCGCCAUGUUGUACGAGCUCAAGCGGAACCGUCCGAGAAGUCGGUCGAAAUAAUGAGGAAAUUCUCGGAGCAGUAUGCUCGUAAGUCAGGAACGUAUUUCUGUGUAGACAAGGGGGUUACUGCUGUUGUAAUCAAGGGACUGGCAGAUCACAAAGAUACAUUGGGAGCACCACUUUGUCCUUGUCGGCAUUAUGAUGACAAACCUGCUGAGGUUGCACAAGGUUUUUGGAACUGUCCAUGUGUGCCAAUGAGAGAGAGGAAAGAGUGUCACUGCAUGCUUUUCCUGACUCCGGAAAAUGACUUUGCCGGCAAUGAUCAGGCAAUCUCCUUGGAAGAUAUCAGGGCAACAACAGCAAACAUGUAACCCCUAAUUACCACUUGUUAUUUUUCAUUGAACAGUAAUUCAUAUUGUGGUUAUGGCUAAAACAGGUGGAAGUAUACAAGUAUUGAAUGAAUGUGUAUGUAACAGUAACUCUAUAUGCUGAUGAGAUAAUGAAUGGUUUUCCCAUAUCUCCUUCCGACAAA